GUCGGCCGGUGUGUGGUCCCUGACGAGGCUGAGGCUGGCAGCUUGGUCCCUGACUUUCCCUCGUAAGCGAGUUUCUAAGAGCCCGAGAAGAUGCUGCAGACUCAUUUGCAGUUACCUCAGAGGCCCAGGAAACCGAUGAUGUAAUCUUCAGAAGAGAACAGGAGAAAAUGUCUGGAGAGAAAAAGAGCCAAUCCAGGCCUUGCAUAUGGAAACAGCUAGGGAGAUGGGUUGUGCUAAUAAAAGCACAGAAUCAAAUGUAUGGGACACAGUAGCUCCACUGUACUCAGCACUGGUGGAAGUAAAAUAUUGUGCUCUAUUCUGAGAACACUUUUGUAAGGAGAUCAUGAUCAAAGUGAUGUACAUCCAGAGGUUCAGCCAUAAUAAAGAUGAAGAACAGGUUUGAAUUUGUUGUGUAAUGUGGCCUUCUUAAAGUAAGAAACUUCUGUAAUUUAUGGAAGCCCAGAUAAAUCUAAGGCACCGUGACAGAGAAACUUAUCCCAAAGAUUAUGAUAUAGAGGGUCCUGAAGAAGUAAAAAAACUGUGUAAUUCAACAUACUGGCGACUUGGAACCAACGAACCCCCAAUUUGGAUAUCAGAAACACAUGAGAAAAUGGCACAAGUUUGUUUAAACACAGAAUUGGCUGAAAUAAAGGGCAAGGCUUUAUUGAAUGAGGAAACAAUGAGCUCUGGAAUUAUUGAAAGGGACACUGGAUUGCCUGCCACAGGUUUUGGAGCUCUCUUUCCUAGACACCCAUCAGAUUGGUACGAAAGGUUCAAAAUGUGUGCAUUGACAACAUAUGCUGAAGAAUAUGCUCCACCGUAUGAAUAUCAGCCACUUGAUGCCCUGACAACUGUGUUAAGAAUGGAAUGGAGGUGCGCAAGGCAGAAGCAGCAAGGAGACCACCUUUCGGAAACUACUGCAGCAUCCCCAGCAAACAGCAGUGGCGACUGGGAUCAGGGCAGUCAUGUGGGCUUGGAGCAUGCCCUGCAGCUUGCCGGUGCCCUGGACCUGCCCGCGGGAUCCUGCACGUUCGAAGAGAGCACCUGCGGCUUUGACUCGGUGUUCGAGUUCCUGCCAUGGAUUUUAAACGAGGAAGGCCAUUACAUUUAUGUGGACACCUCCUUUGCCAAGCAGGGGGAGAAAGCCGUGCUGCUGAGUUCUGAUCUACAGGCUGAGGAAUGGAGCUGCCUCCGAUUGGUCUACCAGAUAACCACAUCUUCGGUGUCUCCAUCAGAGCCCAGCCAGCUGAACCUCUAUGUGAGAUUUGACGAUGAAAGCUUUGAUCGCUUGCUUUGGUCAGCCAAGGAACCUUCGGACAGCUGGCUCAUAGCCAGCUUGGACUUGCAAAACAGUUCCAAGAAAUUCAAGAUUUUAAUAGAAGGUGUGCUAGGACAUGGAAAUACAGCCAGCAUUGCACUCUUUGAAAUCAAGAUGACAACUGGCUACUGUAUCGAAUGUGACUUUGAAGAAAAUCAUCUCUGUGGCUUUGUGAACCUCUGGAACCCCAACGUGAACUGGUUUGUUGGAGGAGGAAAUAUGCGGAACUCCCACUCCAUUCUCCCGCAGGAUCACACCUUCAGGAGUGAACUGGGCCACUACAUGUAUGUGGACUCGGUUUACGUCAAGCAUUACCAGGAGGUGGCACAGCUCAUCUCCCCAGUGACCAUGGCCCCCAUGUCUGGCUGCUUGUUUUUUUAUUACCAACUCCAGCAGGGGAAUGACAACAUCUUCUCCGUGUAUACGAGGGAUGCGGCUGGCCUGUAUGAGGAGAUCUGGCAAAUGGGCAAUCCAGGGAAUACUGACUGGAACCUCGCUGAGGUGGAGUUCAGUGCCCCGUACCCCAUGGAGGUUAUUUUUGAAGUUGCCUUCAAUGGUCCCAGAGGAGGGUAUGUUGCCCUGGAUGACAUUUCUUUCUCUCCUGUUCCCUGCCAUAAUCAAACAGAGCGUCCUUUUAGUGCCGUAGAAGCAAGCUGCAAUUUUGAGAAAGAUCUCUGCAACUUUUACCAAGACAAAGAAGGUCCAGGCUGGACCCGAGUGAAAGUAAGACCAAACAUGUAUCGGGCAGGAGACCACACUUCAGGCUUAGGGUAUUUCCUGAUGGCCAACACAAAGUUUACGUCUCAGCCUGGCUACAUUGGAAGGCUCUAUGGUCCCUCCCUGCCAGGAAACUUGCAGUAUUGUUUGCGUUUUUACUAUGCCAUCUAUGGGUUUUUAAAAAUGAGUGACACCCUAGCAGUUUAUAUCUUUGAAGAGAACCACAUGGUUCAAGACAAGAUCUGGUCUGUGCUGGAGUCCCCAAGGGGCGUUUGGAUGCAAGCUGAAAUCACCUUUAAGAAGCCCAUGCCUACCAAGGUGGUUUUCAUGAGCCUGUGCAAAAGUUUUUGGGACUGUGGACUUGUAGCCCUGGAUGACAUUACAAUAGAAUUGGGAAGCUGCUGGUCUCCAGAGAAGCUUCCAACUCCACCUGGAGAGUGUACUUUCGAACAAGAUGAGUGUGCAUUUACUCAGGAGAGAAGGAACCGAAGCAGCUGGCACAGGAGGAGGGGAGAAACUCCUACCUCCUACACAGGACCAAAGGGAGAUCACACUACUGGGGUAGGCUACUACAUGUACAUCGAGGCUUCCCACAUGGUGUACGGACAAAAAGCACAACUCUUGUCCAGGCCUCUACGAGGAGUCACUGGAAAACACUGCUUGACUUUUUUCUACCACAUGUAUGGAGCAGGGACUGGCCUCCUGAAUGUUUAUUUGAAAAAGGAAGGUGACAGUGAAGAGUCCCUCUUAUGGAGAAGAAGAGGUGAGCAGAGCAUCUCCUGGCUACGAGUGCUGAUUGAAUACACCUGUGAGAGGCGACACCAGAUAAUUUUUGAAGCAAUUCGGGGAGUGUCAAUAAGAAGUGAUAUUGCCAUUGAUGAUGUUAAAUUUCAAGCAGGAUCCUGUGCGGAAAUGGAAGAUAUAACUCAGCAGUCAUCAGGAUAUUCUGAGGACUUAAAUGAAAUCGAAUAUUAAGGAAUGAUCUGAAUCGGAUUAACUAAACAAAGCCAUACCUCUCUUCAAUCAAAAGGAAAAAAAACAAGAAGACAAAUGAAUACUGGACAGUCUUAACCGUUUCAUAAGUUAUAAAAUGACUUCAGAGCACUCUUUUUCAUUACUUUUGCAAAAAAUACUGACUCAGGGCUUUUUUUUUUUUUUUUUCUUUUUGCAUAUGACAACUGUUUCUAGAAGUACAGGCUGCUGUUUUUGCCUAGAUCAUUCAUCUUAAUUUUGGUACCAGUUAAAAAUACAAAUGUACUAUAUUGUAGUCAUUUUAAAGUAUGCAAAUAAAGGGCACAAUCAAAAUGAGGUGUGCUCACUUAAAUCUGCAUUCAGUGAAUGUACUGGGAGGAGAAUAGGUCUUGUGGGUUUUCUUUUGAAGUUCAAGUAUCAUAAAUAUUUUUGAAGUAAUAAUGUGAGGUGUCAGUAAUACCUGCAGAAUGAAUGCAGCUUUCACAGUAACAAGUUAAUCUAAGAAAAUAAAGUCUUAUUUUCUAUGUUUUAGUCAUAGAAAUGGAGUAUUAAUUUUUAAAUAUUUUUACCAUAUGUGAUAACAAAGGAUCUUUCAUGAAUGUCCCAAGGUAUAAGUCAGUAUUAAUUAAUGCUGUAUUACAAGGCAAUGCUACCUUCUUUUUUCCCCCUUUAAACUACUUUUGAAAGUCACUCUGAACACUUGGAUAGAAAUUGCGCUCUUUUUUUGUAAAGCAAGCUUAAAAAUGUUUAUGUACACAUACCCCCAGAUUUUUAUAA